AUGAAGUUUGUUUGGCAGAAGUCAGUCAAGCAAACGAGAGACAUGUUGAAGAUGUGGACUCAAAGUUCAACACCUCGAGAGACAUCCACUGCUAAAUAUACACGAACUCUUUCUUUGAAUAUCCUUGCUGCAACUGGGGGCUCAUCAGAAAGAGGAAACCGCUUCGUCUCGACAGACAGCACAAUCACUUCCAAAGGUCUCACAGUCGAUGAAACAUUUGGAAAUAUCUUUGUGAUCAACUUCGCUGGGCACGAUACUACUGCAAAUAUAUUAGCUUUCAGCAUGGUUCUGCUUGCAGCCCAUUCCGAAAUCCAAGAUUGGGUUGCGGAAGAGCUGCGAGAUGUUACCCAAGAUUCUGUCGAUGAAGGUCGGGAAUACGAAAAGGUGUUCGAGAAGCUCAAUAGAUGUAGAGCUGUCUUGUUUCCCCCCAUCAUGGCACUCCCGAAAGGGAGCAACGAUAAUCCACAGGUACUCAGGGUAGAGGAUAGAACAAUAGUUAUACCACCUCGUACAGGAGUAAUGCCUAGUAUACUUGGACUGGAAAUGCAUCCAAAGUACUGGGAUGAUCCUUUGAUUUGGAACUCAUCGCGUUGGAUUGAAUCUUCGUCAGACUUAUCUUCUCAGACUAUUCUAUUGGGUACAGAAAAAAUCAUAACCCCUGCUGGCAGUACAUUUUUCCCUCGGUCUGAUGGCCCACAAAACUGUCCUGGACAGAAGUUCUCUCAGGUCGAGUUUGCUACCGUUCUAACAGUCUUGUUGCGGGAUCACAAGGUGAGUGUUGUUCAAAACGAUAACGAAAGUCCUUGGAAGGCACAAGAGAGAGCCUUGGCGGUAACACAGAACUGCAACCUGGAGUUACUUUUAAGGAUGCGCGAUGCCGAUCAAGUACGUUUGAUCUGGAAGAAAGCAUAG